GUAACGUCAUAAGGCUGCGCCGCUAUCCUGAAUCUGUUGUGUUUCGACCAAAGGAAGGACGAAGUGGCUGAAAACACACACAAACUCCUGGUGAAGCAGCCAAGAUCCACGUGAGAAACUUUUAUAAAGAUGAUGUUUAUUAAAGAGGAGAGUGAAGAUGUGAGGAUUGAAGAAACAUUCAGAGUCAAACAAGAAUACACUGAGGAACAAACAGACCUGAUGUCACUGAAAAAAGAGAGUCAAGCACUGGAUGAAAUGGAAGACAAAGAACAUCAUGAUUUCAAAACCAGAGAAAAUUUUAGUUUCUCACAGAAUAAAAAGACUACAGGAAAAAGAGCUCAGAAAACCGGAGCAAGAAGUAAAUUCACCUGCCAACAUUGUGGAAAAAUAUUUACUGAAAAAAGAAACCUUGAAGUUCAUGUGAGGAUUCACACUGGAGAAAAGCCUUACAAAUGCUCUAAAUGUGGAAAGGGUUUCAAACAUAAACAAACUCUUAAUGCCCACAUUAAAAUUCACACAGGAGAGAAGCUAUACCCCUGCCAACAGUGUGGAAGGAGUUUCAAUUUAAAAGGAAACCUUGAAAUCCACAUGAGGAUUCACACUGGAGAAAAGCCUUACACCUGCAAACUGUGUGGAAAAAGUUUUGUUAUAAAAGCAACCCUUCAAAGGCACAUGAUGAUUCAUACUGGAGAAAAGCCUCACACCUGCAAACUGUGUGGAAGGGGUUUCAUUCGAAAAUCAGACCUUGAGGUCCACAUGAGAAUUCACACUGGAGAGAAGCCUUACACAUGCCCUCAGUGUGGAAAGAGUUUUACACGUCAAUAUACUCUUAAAGCCCACAUAAGAAUUCACACUGGAGAGAAGCCAUACAACUGCCAACAGUGUGGAAAGAGUUUUACACGUAAACAAACUCUUAAAGACCACAUGAAAAUUCACAGUGGAGAGAAAUAUUCCAACUGCCAACAGUUUCAGAUGUAAAAAAUUACUAAAUAACCAUAUAAGGUAUCAUUCGAUAAAAUGAAUUUGUCAUCAGUAAAAAGUUUCACAGAAAGGAAGCACUGUAAGGAUCAUGUAAUAACUCAUAUCAGAAAAAAAAUAAUUCAUUGUGCUUCACUGUGGAAAACUGGAAAAAGAGACAAAACAAACCUUGAUAUUUACUUGAGAACUUUUACAUGCGGUCACGGAGUGACUCACAGAGUUUCCGAUCCAAAUAAAAAUUAACUGUCACAUGAUUAGGGAUGGGUACUGAGAACUGGUAUUUUUUUGGACCGAAUUGGGUCGAUUCCGUACGCUGGACAAACGAUACUGAUAUUGAUACUUACGUUGUUUUAUCUUUUAAUUCUGUCAUUAUUUACUCAGUCAUGUUGUACCAAACAUGUAUAAAUGUGUAUUUAUUCUUGUGCUGAACACAAAAUAAUAUAUUUUGAAGAAUGUGGUUAAGCAAAGAAUUGCUGGUCCCCA